AUGAGCCCGGCCAGCCUCCCUGCGGCGGCGCCGCCGCUGGAAGACGACGACCUCCUCUCCGAGAUUCUCCUCCGCCUUCCGCCGGAGCCCUCCUCCCUUCCCCGCGCCCGCGCCGUCUCCAGGCGCUGGCGCAGCCUCGCCGCCGACCCCCGCUUCUGCGCCCGCUUCCGCGAACACCACCGCCGCAACCCUCCCCUCCUCGGCUGCUUCGCCGUGGAACAUUUUCACUCCAUCAGCCACCAGCCUAUCCUCAGGGAAGCCCGAUUCUGCCCCGUCCUGGAGGCCCCCAAUCGAGUCCCGGAAGGUCGCAUCACCUUCCCGAUCGCCUGUGACUACUUGAUGAUCCUCGGAUGCCGCCACGGCCUCGUGCUCACCUUCCACAGAUGGCGGGAACAGCCCAUCGUCUGGGAUCCGCUCACCGGCGACCAGCACCGCGUGGACACCCCGCCGGGGUUCGACCGCAAGUACCCGAUUACCGGGGCGGUGCUGCGUGCUGCUGCCGGAGACGACUUCCAGGUGGUCUUGAUAGGGCGCUGUGUCAGUCAACAAGCACGGGCGAUCGCCUCCGUUUAUUCCUCCAAGACCGGUGCAUGGGGCAAACUCGUCUCGACACCACUUCCGGUUGAUGAUCGUUAUGGCGAUUCCGUGCUUUCCCCAGGAUUUUUCAUGCCUGCUGUAAUGGUUGGGAAUUCCCUUUACUGGUUCUUUGUGGGGGGUCAGAACCCGGCCGUAAUCGUCGAGUUUGAUCUGGAUAGCUGGAGCCUAGCUUUGAUACCUACGCCGGUGGAGAAAUUCUAUUCUGCCUGGCGCCCUACCCAUAUUUGGGUCGUACCGGCGCAAGGUGGUGGCCUUGGUUUCCUCGUCUUGUCAGAAUUCAGCGCCCAAUUCUGGAAGAGAAAGAAAGAUUGCGAUGGUGCUGCUUCAUGGGUGCUGGGAAGAACCAUUGCACUGGAUAAGCUACUUCCCAUUAAUUUAGGGAAGGAGAUAGAGCACCUAUGGAUCAUCGGACUCGUCGAGGACAAUAAUACGGUCUUACUGAAGAGCUCUGUCGGCGUUUUCACGCUCCAUCUCGAGUCAUUGGAGUCCAAGAAGAUUUUCGAAUCCAACUAUCAAUCACCUUGCUCUUUUCCAUUUGAAGGUGUCUAUACUGCAGAGAACAAACGCGCGGCCGGCGCAGCGUGGCGCGGCUGCUGGUAAAGGUGGUAUCUGAGAUCUUCAACAGGAGCAAGGGUUGGGCUCCUUUGUCACAUCGGAUUGGGGUCGGCUAAAAAAAGGUCCAAAGAGAGCAAAAGGAGCAGAAAAAAAAGUGGAGGAAAUUUUUUAAGAGAUGUUCCAAAAGGAAAGACAUUGUUCUGUGAUAAAGUUUGUUUCAGAUUCAAAUCCUUGUUGUACUGUAAAGGCUUUCUGAGUUUAUCGAAAUUUACUUAGAGAGAUACAUGUAUGAUGUCUGGUUCUAUUUAGUCAAACUUUAGGAGUUUGGAGGAAAGGUGUGGGAUGAAGUUGUAAUGGGCGCAAGUGAUACUUGGUUUCGUUUUUAAUGAAAUCGGGAGCGGGAGCUCCUCAAUUCAAAAAAAAUAA